CUGGGUUAUUUAAUCGGCGAGUACUCGGCGAGUACUCGGGGAGUACUCCCGACUCGGCCUCCUACCUUGCAGAGUAGGACAUUUACUCGGCCCGAGUUAAUUAUCCGAGUAACUCGGCGAUUACUCGGCGAGUUAGGCUACUCGGUAAGUUGGUGAAAUAAGCGAGUUACUCGGUACUACUCGGUAUAUAAAAAAAAACUUGCGCACUAAACCUAAAACCUUAAGCGGUGGCUUCGACCAGUGCUGCGACAUCUUUAGGAGCUGCGACUGGCAGUCUAGGUCAUCUUUUGGGGCUUCGAUCAGUGUUGCUUCAUCGUUUCGACCAGUUCUACUGUUGCUGGGAGUCACCUGCGAGACCUGCGAGUGCUACAAGGUUGAUGCGACUCUGCGAGGUGCUACAGUCAUGAACUCUGAUCAGUCUGGUCAGGCCUCUAAUGGUGCUGAAUCUGCUGCUGCUACUACACUUAAGAGAAAAUCAGAUGAUAUAGGAUGGACUUGGGGAGAGAAUAGAGAUCCUACUAAUAAAUCUUUGGUGUGGUGUAAGUUUUGUGAUAAGAAAAUGUCUGGAGGGAUUCACCGUCUUAAAGAACACCUUGCACAAGUUAAGGGAAGUGUUUCUUCUUGUAACAAGGUAACCAAUGAAGUGAUGAAGAUAGUUGCAAAAUCAUUACUUGAAAAAAAAUCUGCCAAGGCAAAGAAAGCUAGAGUUGACACUAUAAUUGAGAGGGAAAAUGCUUUCCUGGAUGGGGAUGAUGAAAGUGAGCUUGGUGAUGAUGGUGAUGGCAAAACUGAAGGUGGACACACAGCUUCAAUCUUUACAACUGGGCAAGGCAGUGGCACAAAUGCUUCUAAGACGAGAAUUAAGCAAUCUAAUGUUAGAGGAUCACUGGAUACCUUACUAAAGCCCGACCAUGAGAAGAUGAAACAAUCAACGUUGGAUAAACAUAAUCCAACUAAGCAGAAAUUGAAGGAGAUUGCUUGGGAUAAAUUUGCCGAGUGGGGAUAUGAGGUUGGGUUAGCUUUUAAUGCCGUUAGAACACCAAGCUUUCAGACCUUUAUUCAUGCAGUUGGAGAUUACGGAAGAGGUAAAUGAACUGAAAUUUUAUAAUAGCCUUAAUUUUUAGUCCAAUAAACUGAAAUUUUAUUCUUUAUUUCUUGUCAUUCCUUUUCAAGGUAUGCCAGCACCCAGCUAUCAUCAAUACCGCCAUACUCUGUUAAACAAGCAGCUUGUCAAAACAAAAGAAUUUGUUGAAUCAUUCAGAGCACACUGGAAGACAUAUGGAUGCUCUAUUAUGUCAGAUUUUUGGACAGAUGGUAAAGGAAGGGCAUUGAUCAACUUUUUGGUAAACUGUCCAAAAGGAACAGUUUUUUUGAAGUCUGUAGACGCGUCUGAGCAUGUGAAAGAUGCAAAUCUCAUUGUGGGGCUGAUUAAUGAGAUUAUUGAACAUGUGGGAGAGGAGAAUAUAGUUCAGUUCAUCACCGAUAAUGGAUCUAACUUCAAGGCAGCGGGAAGGAUUUUAGAAGAACAACAUCCUAAGAUGUAUUGGACCCCUUGUGCUGCACAUUGUGUGAACUUGAUGUUGCAAGAUCUUGGUGAUAAGUUGCCCAAGAUAAAAAAUGCUUUACGUGAAGGUAAAGCAAUGGUUGUUUAUAUAUAUAAUCAUGGGAGGAUACUGAGCCUAAUGCGAAAGUUAACAAGCGGGAGAGAGUUGCAUAGAUCAUGUGUAACCAGGUUUGCUACUGCGUUUUAUACUCUUAAGAGUAUUUGGGAGAAUAGGUGUCAUUUGCAAGUUUUAUUUGUUUCUGAAAAAUGGACCAAAAGUGAGUUUGCACAGAAGGCUGAUGGAAAAAAAAUUGCAAGAAUAGUGGCAAGGCAGACUUUUUGGGAUAAUGUUUAUUUUACUUGUCAAGUCCUCGCUCCACGGUUGAUGUCAUAAGAUUGGUGGAUACAGAAGAGAAACCUAGUAUGGGUUAUAUCUAUGAAUCUAUGGAUAGAUCAAAAGACCAAAUUGAAAAGAAUCUUGGGAAUGACCAUUUCACUUGUGCAAAAGUAUGGCAGACAAUUGAUAAUAGAUGGAAUAAUAAAUUCCAUCACGCUUUGCACGCAGCCGGUUAUUACCUAAAUCCAAGCAUUUUUUAUAAGCAUGAUUUGACGAAGAUGGAGUCAAACAAAGAGAUAAAAGCCGGGCUCUUAGAAGCAAUACAAAAGCUCGUAGAUGAAGAUGCACUUGACAGUAUUAGCAGUGAGUUGGUACUUUACAGAUCUGCAAGUGGGUCUCUAGGAUCAUCUAUGGCUGUGAGAGCUAGGGAAAAAGUCCCACCCAAUGAAUGGUGGCUUUCGUAUGGGUCUGAUGUGCCAAAUCUCCAAAUGUUUGCACUCAAGGUUUUGAGUCAAACCUGUAACGCCUCACCAUGUGAGCGUAGUUGGAGUGCCUUUGAUCAUAUACAUUCAAAGAAGAGAAACCGUUUGCUGCAAUCAAAGUUAAAUGAUCUUGUCUACAUCCAGUACAACAAAAAGCUGCAGCAACGGUUUUUUGAGAGAAAGCACAAUGUUGGCAGUAAGAGUUAUGAUCCUAUAUUCUUAAGGGAAGUUGAUGAAAAUGAUGAUUGGGUUGUUCCAGAUGAUGAAGCACUUCAAGACCUUGUCAAUCAAGGUGAUGAUCUGACUUGGGAACAAGUACGAGCAGCACAACAAGCAACUGAGGCACGGACAAACACAAGGAGUCAAAACAGAAGGGGGAAUGUGAAUGCAUCACAGUCUGCGUAUAGACUGCUUGAUAUUGAUAUAGAUGACCCGGAAGUGGAAGAGGAAGAACAA